GAAGACGCGUCAAAAGAAGGGGUGACGAACGUCCUCCCGACUUCCCGUCAUACGAGUUCACCCCAACCAAGUCAAAUGUUAUGCAAUGCUCGUUCCGUCUCCGUCGUUUUUCUGGAGACGAAUGCCACGCCGUUUAAGUGUGGCCGCCUAAAGGAAGCAGCUCAACUGCAGGCGUUCGCCAAUCAUGUGUGUCUUGCACAGCCCCUCCACAAGGGGACGAAAGUCUCAGGCCAACCUGAUUCUCUCCAGCAAUCGCGACAGCAUUGUCUCGACAACGACGCAGAGCCUGCGACAUGCCGGCUAUUCCGAACUACCAGUACCGACCACUCGUGGAAGAUGACAACUCGCGCUUCAUACAGUUGUAUCCAGCGGCGCAGUUCGACGAUCCCAUACGAGUAGAUCUCGUUGAGCGGGCGUACGAUGUCUCGAAUACUAAUGGUCCGGCCGGUUACGAAGCUUUAUCCUAUACCUGGGGCUCAGAUGUGGAUUCCGCUUACAUCUUCGUUGCGCAAAACUCUCGCUUGCUUGUCCGUCGCAAUGUCACCCAAAUCUUGAGGUAUCUGAGAGACGGUAUUGCCCCGGGAUGUACUGCCCGAACCCUGUGGAUAGACGCUAUAUGCAUUAAUCAAGCGGACAAUGACGAGAAAGGAAAGCAAGUUACCAUGAUGGGGAAAAUCUACGCAUGUGCUACGAGUGUGCUGAUCUGGACUGGACAACCCGGAAGCGAUUUGCAAGCGCUAAAGGUCGGGCCUCCGAACAAGUACUUCUUCACUGGGGAGGACGACGACAUCACUCGUGCAAUGAAGUUCCUCGAAACCGGAUGGUUUUCGAGGCGCUGGGUAGUCCAAGAGGUUAUGCAUGCACGCGAAGCCUACAUUAUCUCCGGUAAUGGUACAAUGCAGUGGCAUCAAUUACGUUCCCUUAUCAAAAUCCUUGAGAAAGCAACUGUCUACAAAGCGUUGACGCCGCACAUUAUUGCAAUGUUGCACCACUUGAGCAAUCUCACCGCAGCACGAAACACAGACUCAGAGGACUCGUCUCCAUGCAGCGAAAAUACUACUGGUCCCCGAACGGAUGAUACCGUAGCUCACGCAGAGAGUAUGGCGACACUCUUGACACGGUACUCUGUUACCGAAUGUGCAGAUGGCCGCGACAGGAUAUACGCACUGAGAAGUCUCAGUUCGACCUCCAUUCCAGUUGACUAUGAAGUAUCAACGAAUGAGCUAUAUUCUCGUUUGAGCCAGAACGAAGUGGUCCGAUAUCCAAUGGCCAUCAUGAGCUGUGCUGGGGCCUUCGGUGUAUUCGCAGCCUCUUGGAUCCCGGACUGGAGAUUGCCCAUGCGACACAGCCCUUUUCAGUCUUCUCUCAAGAUGCAAUACCCGACAUUGCCAGGAGAAGGGGUAUUGGUUAGCGUUACGAAAACUUUGCUCACGAUACGAGCCACCUUUGCUGGCGUCAUCAGCAGUGUUGUAGAUCUUCCAGGUUACCACCCAAGUCGCAAUUACGAACGAGAAGACCAGACCCUGUACAAAUGGGGCCAUUAUUUCGCCCAAUAUCACAAAAUCGCGAUGUCGGAGCUGAAAUUGAUGGAUGAAGUGGUCUUCUGUUGUACUCUGAGAGCGAUACUUAUUGAAGAUCUGGCGAACUCUCAACCCUCUUCCUAUGUACAAGAGUCACCAUUACUCGGUGAAGAGAUAAUCCGCUGUUGGCCCGAAAAGUACAACACGCACACACCUCAAGAUGAAGCGAUGCUAGUGAAAGCAAGAGACAUGGGACUCAUUCACACAAGGAGAGGCCGCUCAUGCUUCUUUACCGACGCAGGGCAGUUCGGGUUAGGACCGGACUCAAUACAAGUUGGCGAUUGCGUUGUGAGCAUGCCAGGGUGCGACUCCAUGAUGGCACUGCGUCCGGUCAAGAUUGAGCAGAAUAUCGAGCCGAUGCAUGGAGACAUCGGAUCAUCUCAGUAUCCAGCUAUGACGGUUGUCGGUGACUGCUGGAUACCUGAACUUAUCAAAGCUAAUAGACAAGAUGCUACAUCUAAUCUUCGCACAUUCCACAUCGUGUAAAAGGAAAAGGCCUUGCAGUUUGUCGGUGAUAACAUGCUCAUUUC